UAAGGAGUGAUAGACACCAACUUGAAGUGACAAAUUGUUUGUGUUUUCAGCAUAUAACCAAUAAAGAUGGCUGUGAAUUUUGUUGUAGGUUUAAAAAAAAAAAAGACAACAAAUAGUGCAGUCAAGAUGGAGAAAUGCAGCACUGGACUUCUUUCCAUUGAAGAGCGGGAGUUCCAGGAUACUCUGCCAGCCGACUUGGAAGAAAUCAACCAAAGUCAGAAAAUACCUGUGGGGAUGAAUCCCAGCGACCAAAGGGAGGCCGGUGCUUCCAGCAAUUGGAAGGAGACGGUGGGGGAAAGGAUGGUUGCACAAUGCAGUACAAGUGGGCCACAGGUCCUCAGCAGCCAUCCUUCUUCAGAGGGUGACGGCUGCGAUGUUGAGGUUCAUCAGACACUAUCCAAUACAGCGAUGGAUUCAGCGGCUGCAGAGGCUGAUUUCAGAUUCACGUGGCUGGAUGAAACCUCCAAAGAGCAUUCUCAGUUUGUAACAUGGCCAACUGACCAACGGGAGGAUGAUGACUUCCAUGAGGCUCCACCGAGUACAAACAUGCUUAUAGGAGAGAACGAUCCUAUGUGGUGUGCCGCAAUCGUCAGGAGUCGUCCUCCUACGUUUGAGGGCUGUGCUACUUUCAGCGUACCCACCAAGGAGGACAUUGCCAGUCACACCAUAAUGGAUUUUGGGAAACCUUCAGCGGGAAUGGAGAUAGAUUGGUUUGCCGAUAGCGUCGUCAAAGAUCUUUUUGAGGACUUGACCUGGACAAAUUAUGCCUGGGAAGAUGCUGAGAAAAAACCCCACUUGCCUCUCAAAACUGACUUGGAUCUGAGGAUGUAUCCAGAGAGUGCAUAUAAGUCAAAGGAAGAGACCGACUUUGAGAAUAGUUUCAAGAUGAGAGAUGCGCAACCUGAUCGUGACAGUUCCAAAACCAACGUCGUAUUCCCCAAGAGAAAACCACUGAUGGAACGCUCCAACUUGAUGGAGACUCAAUCCACCAAUACAGGGAAGCCACGGAGAAAACGCCGCGCAAGAAGCAUAUUGCCGAAGAGAAUAAAAAAUACUUCCGCCUUGAAGCGACAAUCAGAAAAUUUGCCACCGAUGAAGCUACACCGUUCCUCUCGAAAGAAGCCCAACCAUCCAUCAUCAGCCCCCAAACCAGCUUCUCACACUCAAAGGCCGAAACAAGACCUGAUGCUCGGGCAGGACACCCGACAAAGAGAUACCGGGGAUAGCGCCGGUGCCUCCACCAGCGCCUCCACCAGCGCCUCCAAAAUUAACUUGCUGGGGGGAAUUCUGACCAGGGACCUUAAAGCGAAGAGUACUGAGGCGAUGAACCAGGAAGAGAAAAAGCAGAUGUUGGAGAGCGUUAAGCAGGCCAGGGCACUACUGCUAACCUUGAUGUACCAAGAUGGUACCACACAGUUGCAGUCAGAACAGAGUCCACCGAAUCUCACGCUGUCAGUGUCUGGCCUCCUCCUGCUUCUCAUAAACGAUGUGGACAGCUGCCAUCGGGGGCACUCGCUCAGCCAGAACGACCUCCUGCUGUACCAUCAACUGGCCUGCAGUUCGGUACAGGUUGAGCAGCAGAUUUUCACCAGAGACCUGCUGCUGCAGAUGCUGUCGCGAGCUGGCGUCACAGUGUGCUACAGAGCCAAGGAUUUGCUCAGCGUAACUCUCCAGUUGUGCAGACAACACUUCAGCUGGAAACAAGUGUCAGGCUGCCGUAUCCAGGACCCUCAUGUGUCAGGGUGGCUCCUGGACCCUGAAGAUCCUUGCUCCUGCUACCGGGAACUUCAUUGGAAACACACACACAAAAACCUGCCCCCUGCAACGCCCGCCACCGUCUUGUCAGAACUCUAUUCCCUCUACUACCUGAACAAGAAGCUUUUUGCCGAAAUACGGUGCCAGGGCAUUUGGAAGAUCUACUCGGAUAUCGAGCUGAAAACGAUUCCAGUUCUAGCAGCCAUGGAGAGCCAAUGCUUCCAGAUGGACAGAGAUGCUUUGGAAAGCCAGUCAGAUCUGCUCAAGACUAAGAUGAACCAGUUGGAGCAGGACGCCCAUCGAGCUGCUGGAGAAUAUUUCCUGAUCACCAGCACUAUCCAGAUCCGUCAGGUUCUCUUUGAGAAACUGCGCCUACAUGAGCGCCUAAACAAGAAGAUGCUUCCCCAGUAUAUGGCCACACGGGAGGAUACCGCAUCAUCUCAAACAUUGCAAAUGUACCAGGAUGUGCAUCCUCUACCAAAGAUCAUUUUAGAGUACAGAGAGGUUGAAAAAACCAGGAUGAACUUUGUCGACAAUACCUACGUAUACAUGAUGACUAAGGGCUACAUCUCCCCGAACUGGUCGCAGACCAGCGCUGUGACGGGAAGAAUCUUCUCGGCAAACCCCAACUUCGACACCAUUCCACUUAAGAUUACCCCGAUGCCGCAUGCCGAAGGCGGUGAGCUGGAUGUGAUGAGUUUCAAUCCUCGAGCCGUAUACAUCUCUGAAGAAGGCUGGACCUUUGUCACCGCAGGCUUCUGCCAACUGGAGCUGCGACUCCUGGCUCACUUCUCCAACGACGACAAACUGAUCAACCUUUUUACCAACACUGACUCUGACGUCUAUGCUGUUUUGGCCUCUGAAUGGCUGCGGAAGCAUGCUGUGACGUCAGAGGACAUAGAACAAGCCAAACGCAUCGUGUCUUCCAUUUUGUAUGGGAAAGGCCGCGAUUGCCUAGCCAACACAAUGGGUGUGACACUGCUGGAGGCUCGCCGAUUCCAAGACAACUUCUUCCUGAAGUUCCCAAAAGUGAAAGACUUCAUCCUGAUGACUAUGCAGCAGUGCCGCAAGCACGGUUUCGUGUGUUCCCUCGUGGGCCGCCAGCGGCCCCUGCGACAUAUCCUUUCCAAAGACACAGCUCUACGCUCGCAAUCGGAGAAGAAAGCUCUCGCCUUUGUGCUGCAAGGUUCCGUGGCCGACCUGUGUAAAAUGGCAAUGAUCCAAGUAUCCGAAAUGAUUUCCACCUCCGAAACGCUCUCUGCCAGGCUGAUGGCUCAUUUCAGUGAUGAACUCCUGUUUGAAGUGGAGGAAGCGCAGGUGGAAGAGUUUGCUGCCCUGGUGAAGCGCAGCAUGGAGUCCUUGAGCCACAUCCACCCUCUGGGAGUCCAUCUUAAUGUCCCCCUGAAGGUGGCAGUCUCCUGUGGCAAGUCCUGGGGUUCCAUGUCCGCGCUGCACAUGCCACCAGCUUAGCUCAUUUUGGUGUUUUAUCUCUCUCCACGUUCGAAUGUUUGAGCUUGUGGGCCUUCCUCGCUGCGGUUUUUUUCACGUCUCGGCUCAUUUGUCCAGCAUCCACAUCGCCAUGGAAACCUGGCAGCUGCUCCCAGUGCUGGUUUUCACUCCAUCCGUCUCCGGGGGCAACGGCAGGAGCCGCAGACUGGAUUGCACCAGUUUGUCGUCUGCCUUUCACACACGCUCACGUUACUGAAAUGAGUGAGAUUUUUUGGUUCACUUUGGCUUCGUUGUUAUUAGGCGCGCAUGUUCAAUAAUAUACCCACUUGAAUUCUUUCCAAAAAUGUCUCAUCCUCCCCCCUCCGCCCCCUUCAUAGUUGCUAUUUAAUAGAUGAUUUGUUUCCGUGUUUUUAUACGGUAUUAGAUAAUUGUUCUGCACUUUGCCUGUUGAACCGAGCAUGCACGUUCUCACAUAAUACAGCCGUACAAUUCUACCUUGAGCCCAUCUUUUUUUUCUUUCCUUUCUCCAUCCACCUCCAACUGGACUCACUUGGCUCGAGCCGCUUUUGUCUUGAUUGGAGCAGCUCACACUAGCACACGCAUUCCACAAAUACUCGUACACACUUGCAAACAUGCACGCAGACUCGCUAUCCACCAGCAGGCCACCGUGCACACGCUCACGCAGUGACCGAGUUUCUGUCUCGGGGAACCACGUACUCUUUUUUUUUUUUUGCUUUGUUUUUAGCAAUACAGUACUGAAUUGUCAUGAUUUGUCCAAGCAUUGCCAUAUAACAGUGGGUAGAAAAAGUCUACACACCCCUGUUCAAAUGCCUUUUUU